AUGAAUUCAUCGGCCAUACAGAGCCCAAGGACCGUGAAAACGGGGAGAAUUGAUGAUGUCUAAUUCAUCAUUUAUGUGGUGGUGUGAUUGAUAUGUCCGAAGCAGUGUCCUGAAGCAUACUGUAGACUGCUAGGAACUGGCCUGUUGAGGAAGUUACAUCAUCAGCUCCUUAAUGAGCCAUCAUUUUAACCAGAACAUGUCGACCAAAGUGGCACCAGAAUUGUUGAAAGAUGUGCGGGCAGAACACCAGCUGACCCAUGUGGCCACGGAAGAGAAGAACCCCUUACCCUCAGCUGAAGCAUUGCAGCAAGAAAAAUCUCAUCAGGAACUACUCCAAAAUGUCGAGACAUUUGACUCGCUCCAACUACAACACAUCCGCACCAAGGAGCGCGUCAUGCUCCCCGACUCAAGCAUGUUACUAGAAGAAAAAUCUCGAGAGCGUCAUCUGAAUAAAAUUAGCGAGUUUCCUCGAAGUGAAUUGCGGCCCACCGACCCACAGGAGAAAGUUGUCCUUCCCGAUAUCAUCACGAUCGCAAAGGAGAAAACAGAGGAAGAGCUGAAGAGUGGGAUUGAACGGUUCAACAAAGAGAAACUAAAGCACCAGGAAACCGAGGAGAAGAACCCUCUCCCUGACCAAGACGCCAUUGACACGGAAAAGAAGCAUCAGGAGGUCACGAAUGGAAUACAGAACUUCCCCAGGUCCAAAUUACGACGGGCCAACACUGAGGAGAAAAUAACCCUCCCGAGUUCGGAAGUCAUCCAGCAGGAGAAAAGAGAAGUGAACAUUCGUAAAUCGCUGACAGAAUUCGAGAAAGGAAAUCUGAAGCAUGUCGCCACAGAAGAGAAAAACCCACUACCUGAUGCCUCAGUUAUUGGACAAGAGAGGAAAGAGAAAGAGCUACGCUUGUCUAUAUCUGAGUUUGACAAAGCUCAGCUCGCUCAUGUUGAAACUCAGGAAGUGAACUCGCUGCCUCCACAAGAAGUCAUUGGUUUGGAAAAGAAAGAAGCUGAACUUCGAUCAGAAAUUUCAGAUUUUGACAAAUCGAAACUCGUGCAUGCUGACACACAAGAGAAAAAUCCUCUUCCCCCAGCGGAAGCAAUUCAAAUGGAGAAGACCAUAGAGGAGCACAAGAAAGGCAUUGAAAAUUUCAAAAAAGAUGAUCUGAAGCAUGCGGAAACGCAAAUUAGAGCCAGGCUACCAUCUAAAGAGGAUAUUGCCCAAGAGAAGGCCUCCGGAGACAAGUAGAGCUAUGAUUCUGAGUCCAGUGCGUGGCCUCGCUGUGUAGAGCAGGAAAUGCCAGUAGCUUUUCACUAGUGAUCACAUGACCAACUUUGUUUAUGACUGUGAAUUGGUGAUGAAUGCAUGAUGUAGGUUUGAAAAUGGUGCAAAUUUUAAAGAUUAUUUCAAAUGUUAAUUACAGUAUAAUCAUAUUGAAAUGGGGAUUUGUUGUUGUUAACUAUUCUUUGUUACCAGUCAAAAUGCUUAAAUCUAUUUAAUUUUUCUCUCUAUAACUUUUUAUACAAUCAGUGAUACAGCGGUUCAGUUUGUUGGUGUAGAUGAAGAAUAUUUUUUGCCUAGGAGACUAAUCACUUGUGUCUUUGUAUGUAUUUUAUAUCUGUAGUCAAUAGAUAGGAAAGAUAAUUCUCAGAGCCUCGUGCUCGAAGAUGUGAACUUGAGCUGUGCACAACAUUACACAAUCUGUAUAAUGAAUGUAAUGAAUGGUAUACAUGUCGAAAUACAAAAUGCUGAUAUAGUGAAUGCAAUUGGCAGUGAAUGUUUCUUCAAUUUUAAAUUGAGCGUCAUUUGAACAAAGUGCAAUUUUAGGACAAGAUAUUUGUGAGUUGUGCAAUGAAACAGAACAAUACUGCAGCUUGUGACGUAGUUUAGGGAUCAUUUUUUUUUUUCUGUAGAAAAACCAUCACAUAUAGUGCUUCUGUCUUAUCCAUGUUAAUUGUUAAUCAUAGGUGUGUCUUCCAUGGCUGUAUUGACCCGUAGUCUUCACCAUAGAAGUGUCUAGUCAGAUUAUCAUAUGCAAUAUCGUCUAGUGAGAGGAACAAGGGGAAAAGUCAUGUUGUUACAGCAAAUGUUGAAAGUUCUUUGGUUAAAGUAUUUUGUUGAAGUUAUUAGUUGUCUUUUUUCAUAGUUCCUUGUUUUAAUGUUUCAGUGCAGUUGCCUGUAUUUGUUAGGCGUGUAUUUUUUCCUUCCUUCCUUUUUUUUUUUUUUUUUUUGAGCUGGAUUGAAUUUUGCUAGUUUAUUAAGGGGAGGCUACUGUUAUAAACCUGAGGUUAAGAUUUUUCAGUAUCAGCUUUCUGUAUUGUAUUCCUUUACUGUGUAACAAUGUUAACCAUGUACAGCACCAGUAUCCGUUAUCUUCACCGCUAGGACAACUUGUAACAGAUUCAAGUAAUGUCAAAGCAUAUAUUUUUGGCUAAUAAAAAAAAUACAUAUUA